AUGGUUACAGCACAUCUGCUAGGUGAAGAGCUUUACAACCUUCUUGGACACUAUCUCUCCCGUCAUCUUGGAGGUGUUUACCAAGCCUCCCUUAGCCACACUGACGAACCCCUCCUUUCAUUUUACAUUAGAGAAUGGACUCGAUACACUACAUCCGCCAAAUACAUUAACCAUCUUUUUAGAUAUCUAAACCGUCACUGGGUGAAACGAGAAGUCGACGAAGGCAAAAAGGACAUUUACGAUGUGUACACCCUACACCUCGUUAGGUGGAAGGAGGACUUCUUCAGACUCGUCCACGAAAACGUCAUGAGCGCCGUGCUGGGCCUCAUCGAGAAGCAGCGUAAUGGCGAGACCAUCGAGCAGUCCCAGAUAAAGCACAUCGUCAACUCAUUCGUCUCCCUUGGCCUGGACGAGAGCGAUACUUCCAAGUCGACUCUCGUUGUCUACCAGUACUACUUUGAAAAGCCGUUCAUCGAGGCCACCAGAGUCUACUAUGACAGAGAGUCAAAGCGCUUCGUGGCCGAAAACAGCGUUGUCGAAUACAUGAAAAAGGCAGAGCUUCGCCUAGAGGAAGAACGUGCCCGCAUCGACCUAUACCUCCACCCAGACGUUACCAAGAAUUUGACAGAAACAUGCUUGGAUGUUCUAGUUACCUCGCAUUGCAACCUUAUACGGGACGAGUUCCAGCCCCUCUUGGAUGCUGAACGACAAGAUGACCUUGCCAGAAUGUACCGACUGCUGUCAAAAAUAAAGGACGGCCUGGACCCACUGAGGAACAGAUUUGAGACCCACGUCCGAAAGGCUGGCCUGUCCGCAAUCGCUAAGGUAGCCUCCGCUGGGAGUGAAGGCGUUGACCCGAAAGUUUAUGUCGACUCUCUGCUCCAGGUACAUGGGAAGUACCGAUCCAUGGUGGAUGAAGCAUUUGCUGGUGAGACAGAGUUUGUUCGGUCUUUAGACAAUGCUUGCCGCGAAUUCGUCAACCGCAAUGCCCUCUGCACUACCAGCUCAACUAAAUCCCCUGAGCUGCUGGCGAGAUACACCGACUCCCUUCUUAAGAAGGGCUCCAAGUCAUCCGAAGAGUCGGAGCUGGAGGAGCUUCUCGUCCAGAUUAUGACCGUCUUCAAAUAUAUCGAAGACAAGGAUGUCUUCCAGAAGUUCUACUCUCGAAUGCUCGCCAAACGACUCGUCCAUGUCAGCUCCGUCUCUGACGAUGCUGAAACUAGCAUGAUUAGCAAAUUGAAGGAAGCCUGUGGGUUCGAGUACACCAACAAACUCCAGCGAAUGUUCCAGGAUAUCCAGAUCUCAAAGGAUCUAAACACCAACUACCGUGAGUGGCAGGAGAGAACCUUCGACGAAGAAGACCGCAAGAAAAUGGUCGACCCUCACUUCCAGAUCCUUGGUACUGGCUUCUGGCCCCUUAACCCCCCUUCAACACAGUUUAUCCCUCCUCAGGUCAUCAACAAGACAGUCGAGCGCUUCAAGUCGUUCUACUUUGACAAGCACAGCGGCCGUAAGCUGACCUGGCUCUGGCAGCUGUGCAAGGGCGAAAUCAAAGCAAACUAUGUCAAGAACACCAAAUUCCCCUACACUUUCCAGGUGUCAACCUACCAAAUGGGCAUUCUUCUACUCUACAAUGACAGCGAUGUCUUUGAAUACUCCGAGAUCGAAAAGGCCACUGCCCUCUCCCCCGAUGUUCUAGACCCCAAUCUUGGCAUCUUCGUCAAGGCAAAGGUUCUCAUUCCUUCUCCAGAGAACGCAAAGCCUGGUCCAGGAACUUCCUACGCACUAAACUACCACUUUAAAACAAAGAAGAUUAAGGUUAACUUGAACAUCCAAGUCAAGUCUGAACAGAAGCACGAGGCAGAGGACACACAUAAGACCGUCGAGGAGGACAGAAAGUUGGUUCUUCAGUCUGCCAUUGUGCGUAUCAUGAAGUCCCGCAAGCGCAUGAAGCACGUCCAGCUUGUACAAGAAGUCAUCCAGCAGGUCAGCGCUCGGUUCCCACCCAAAAUAUCCGAUAUAAAGAAGAAUAUCGAAGGCUUGAUGGAGAAAGAAUAUAUCGAGCGUCUGGAUGGCGAUGAAAUAUCGUACAUCGCGUAA